UUCGUUCAUAUUCGUGCGAGUGAUUCACUAUAAUAUAUAUCGUUUAUUUCUUUGUUUUUUAUUCACUUUCAUUUUUAUUUAUUAGUGAAUAAAAUUGAAAAAAAUGAAGAAUAUAUAUAUUAAAAUAUCAUUUUUGUUUUAACUUUUCCUUUAUUUUAACUUUACUUUAUUAGAAAAUUAAAUAUACUUUUUGUUUUUUAGUUACAAAGAAUAAAUUUCUCUUAAUACGUUUAAAAUAAAUUCUGACUUCUUGUUUUGUCGCAUUCUUCAUAUGAUUUGUAUAAAAAUAAAAGUGCGUAAUUAAUAUCUUUAGUCAUUUAAUCCUGAAAAUUAGUUUAAUCAUUAAUUUAAUUUAUUUUUAAAAAAAUAUCAUUGAAAGAUAUACUAUAUAUAAUUUUAUAUAUGAUUUCAAUAAAGAAAAAUAGAAUGAAAAAGAAUGAAAUAAUAGUAGGGUGAUAUAAUUCUACUUCAAUUUUACAAUUAUUAUAAUAAUUAUGUUUUCGUGGAUAUUAAACUAUUUGAAUUUAUUAACGGCAUUUAUUUUGUGCUUAUCAACCAGUGGAUUACAAACAGAGAAAAGUGGUUGGAAUUUUGAUCCAAAUACACAAUAUCACAUUCAAACAGAUGAAGGACCUGAAAGAUAUUUUCGUUUUCAAACAUUAAAUGGACAAUACAGAAAAGAAAAAAGAUUAGUUGAUGGAACAGUUAUUGGUACAGAAGGAUGGUUAGAUCCUCUUGGAUAUUUACGACUUAAAGACUAUAUAGCAGAUAACAACGGAUUUCGAAUUUUAAGAUCAAAAAUGGUAUAUGUGGGUAAUAAUAGACCUAUUUAUGAUGCAGUAACAGAAGUGAAAAGAGUACCUACUCAAACUGGAAUUUUUGUAAAACCAAGACGUCCACCAAAUCCUUUCAGAUCAAAAACAGAGCAUGUUGUUCCAGUUUUUGAUAAUGCUAUCAAUUCUGAAUAUUAUGCCAGUACAACUGCCAAACCUCAAGCUAAAUCUCCUACAUUUACUUCUAAUGAUUAUUAUUACAAUAUGAAUCCAACAAGUUUGUCUUCGGGACUACGCGAUUUAAAUAAUUAUUCUCAAUCUCAAAAUUAUAAUAUUCUUCAACCGAAAAUGCCACUUAAUCAACCGCAUAUCCAAUUAUCAACAAUUCAUACAAGCAGUACAUCACGAAAUAAUCCAACAGAAUUUCCUGAAUUUGAUGGAACAUAUAAUAUUGCUAAUGGAUUUCAAUAUUAUCUGAAAAGACAAUAUCACGAAGAAGAACAAGAUUCAACUGGAAGUAAUAUCGGUUCUUUUGGUUAUAUCGAUCCAUUUGGUAUUAGAAGAGUAAUUUAUUAUAAAACUGACCCGCAAAGUAGUACUUUUUAUCAUAAAAAAAAUAAUAAAUAUGUCGGAUUUGCGUCAACUCCUUAUGAUUUGUCACUGCAUAAUUUAUAUAGACGUAAUUUAAGAUCUGUAAAUUAAUAUACUUUUUCUGAAUUCAUUUUAUGAUAAAUUUGGAAUUUUUGUUUCAUAUAAUUGGAUUAAUUAUUAUUUAUGACUAA